AUGUUUAUUAAACACUAUUUUACACAUCACGACUUCGAUCCGUUACUGACAGCCACAGCCUUUGACGUCACAACAAUGACCAACCUCAACCUGGCACACCCGUCCGGCAGCUUCCAGACGCGAGUGGCCAAGUCGGUUGAGCGUGCCAAGCAAAAUACGACUACACACUCGGGUUCUGAGUCUGCCGAAGAGCUGAGAGAUCGGGAGGAGCGCGCUCUGGAGGUUUUUGCCAGAGCUGCAGACCUGGAGGCCCAAGGCAAGCUCAACGACGCCCUCCAGGAGUAUUCACGGAGUUUCAAGAUCCAUGACCGGGUCGAUUUGCUUUACCGGUCGAGGUUAAAGUACAAGACACCUGCUGGAUUGACUACAGGAUAUGCUGACCAGAACGAUGCUGAGGACGCGGAAGAGGAACAGGAGCCUGAUGGACCCUGUUUUCUGCUGGAGGCGCCGUCGGAGAUUAUCAUUGACAUUUUAGAACAUCUGGCGAUCCAAAACACGCUGGACUUUGUGCAUUUUUCGGCUACUUGUAAGCGGGUGUAUGAUUUAGCCAAAACCGAACGCAUCUGGCAGCAACUGAGCAUGCUGAGCUUUCCAGACCAGGUCAUGAGUGAGGAAUAUCGACAGUGGCUCUUGAGUGGUGGUCAAGAGACGGGGGAGGACGACACAGAAGAACAGGAGCUGAGUCGACAACUGGCAAUGGUUUCCCUCACAGACCCAGAACAGCACAUUUGUGAUACCCUCUACGCCUCGUCAUGGCAUUAUAUGUAUCUCACGCGGCCGCGGUUACGAUACGAUGGAGUCUAUAUCGCCAAAUGUUCAUAUAUUCGGCCUGGAGGUACCUCAAACAUGACUCAAGCAUGGAACACACCUAUGAUUUUGGUGGAGUACUACAGAUAUAUUCGGUUCUUCCCUGGAGGCAAGUGUUUUGUGAUGCAAAAGACAACCCACCCAGAAGAAGUGGUCUACACCUUUGGACAGGAUAUUCCCCAGACUCGCAGAUCAAGACGAAAGGGUAAUCCAGAAGAUACAGGUGCAUGGGCCACGUACAAGAUCAUGCCCGAUCCAGGUACGAACCCCAACAACCACUCAGCUAUUGCCCUAGUUGAGAUUCCAGGAUCCACCAUUGUCAAGUACUAUCUCAGACUGGGUCCAGCCUUGAGCAAGAAGGCGUUUGAUGAAGGUACAGAUCUGGAACGGUGUGGAACCCAAUGGAGAAAGAUGAAGUGGGAAAAGCUGUCAAGUACUCGGGUGGUUGAGGAUGACGAAGAGGAGCUGGAGGAGCUGCCGCUGUCAACGAAAAACGAAAAGUCGUUUUACUUUUCCCGAGUUACUUUCAGAAACCGUGACGUCCACAAGAAGUAG